UAAAAGAAAGUUGAUUGUGAAUCGAGCUCUUGAACGAAUAGGAACGGUCUGAAGUUAAAGAUACUUGAGCAAAGAUAUAAGUUGAAAUUAUUACAAAUUGUGAAAUAAAAACUAAUAAUUAACUAUUACCAACACAUUACUGAAGUAACACAUUACUUAAGUAUAAAGCAAAAGUGUGGCUUGAGCCCAGCUUAGUUUGCCACUUUUUAAUUGGCCAGAACUACGUCAUCAAAUCUCGUUAAAAAACCGAUUAAAAACUGCCAAAAUCAUUAGGAAAACUUUUCAUUAAGUGCUAAAAUGUGUAAAAUUCAAGAAAUUCGUGAAAUAUCCAACAGCUUAAGGUUGGAAAAAGUGUCUGAAGGCAGAACAAAGAGCUCCAUUAAAAGUGGGGCUCCGCGGGGCAAAAAAAACUUGAUGAAGCGCAGCUGCAGCAACUUUUCUCUAUAUGUAGACAUGUACCUACAUAUAUGUAGUAUGCAUCGGGGGUACAAAGAAAACGAGUCUUUGUUCUGCCCACAAAUCGAUGGCGAUGCAACAACCACAUCGAAAUCGGGAUAAGACACUGGGUCUUCUCAAACCCGACUUGCCUGUGAAAAUCUCAAAAUGGAGUUUCGUAAGAGUUUUAACACUCAAAAGUCAGACCAAGUGAUCAUGAUCGAUAUGAAGGAUGAUGGGCGGCCAUAGUUUUGUGAGCUGGCUCGGCAGGAUUUGGUAUUUAUGACUACUAUUCUACUUGCUACCAAGCAUCCAUCGCUAACGACCCACCAAAACCACAAAUCAACCACAACAUAUACUAAGUAUAUCCCAGGCAGUGUAAAAGCGUAUCAUGCUACCAACCAUAUUGUCUAUAUCCUAUGUGCAUAUAUCGUUAGAUCCGUAAGUGUCUUUGCAGGAACACCACCAAACCAAACCAAACCAAACCAAACUACAACAACCAGCGCAUCGCCACUAAUCUUUUCUUUCUCUAUAUAUGCCAUAUAUAUGUUUAUCCCAUAUCCAAACCCAACCCUCCCUAUUACCCCAUGACUUAUGAACGAUUUAACUUGCAGUUUCCAAGUACCAAACCGCCUACGCCUGCGAAGGUAAGAAACUGACCAUCGAGUGCGAUCCCGGAGAUGUGAUCAACCUGAUACGGGCCAACUAUGGACGAUUUUCGAUCACCAUCUGCAACGACCAUGGCAACGUGGAGUGGAGUGUCAAUUGCAUGUUUCCCAAGUCACUCAGCGUGCUGAACUCAAGAUGUGCUCACAAGCAGAGCUGCGGAGUGCUGGCAGCCACGAGCAUGUUCGGGGAUCCCUGUCCCGGGACGCACAAAUACCUGGAGGCGCAUUACCAGUGCAUCAGUGCUGCACAAACCUCGACGACGACCAACAGACCAAGUCCUCCUCCGUGGGUGCUCAGCAACGGUCCGCCGAUCUUUGGCAAUGGCAGUGGUCUAAUCCACCCGCCCGGCGUUGGAGGUGGUCCGCCGCCACCGCCGCGACUUCCUACGCUGCCCGGAGUGGUGGGAAUCAGCGGGAAUCCCGGACUGUUCAACGUGCCACCGCAACACACGGCGGUCACCCAUUCCACGCCCUCGAGCAGCACUGCGACUGCCAAUGGCGGACGACUGAAGGGGGUGGCCACCUCCACGACGACCACAAAGCAUCCUGCUGGUCGCCACGAUGGCCUGCCACCGCCUCCGCAACUGCACCACCAUCACAACCACCACGGCGAAGAGAGCCCCGCACCCACCAAACCGAGCAGCAAGCUACCGGCUGCCGGAAACGCAACUUCUCCCUCGAACACUCGCAUUCUGACCGGAGUGGGAGGUUCGGGAACCGAUGAUGGAACCCUGCUGACCACCAAGAGCUCUCCAAACCGCCCGCCAGGAACGGCGGCCAGUGGUUCUGCCGCCCCCGGAAACGGCAGUGUGGUGCGCACCAUCAACAACAUAAACUUGAACGCAGCCGGAAUGUCAGGGGGCGAUGAGGAGUCGAAGUUGUUCUGCGGACCCACCCAUGCUAGGAAUCUCUUCUGGAACACAACUCGAGUGGGAGAUGUGAAUGUUCAGCCUUGUCCCGGCGGAGCAGCUGGCAUCGCCAAGUGGCGCUGUGUGCUGAUGAAGCGGAUGCCGGAUUCCGGUUACGAUGAGUACGAUGACGACCUGAGCUCCACAACUCCACCGCCCAGCGGAGGCGACUGUCUGCACAACAGCAGCAGCUGCGAACCGCCGGUGAGCAUGGCUCACAAAGUGAACCAGCGGCUGCGCAACUUCGAGCCCACCUGGCAUCCCAUGACACCGGAUCUCACGCAGUGCCGCAGCCUCUGGCUGAACAACCUUGAGAUGCGGGUGAACCAGCGGGACUCCUCCCUGAUCUCCAUUGCCAACGACAUGUCCGAGGUGACCAGUAGCAAGACGCUCUACGGAGGCGACAUGUUGGUCACCACCAAGAUAAUCCAAACUGUGUCUGAGAAGAUGCUGCACGACAAGGAGACAUUCCCGGAUCAGCGACAACGGGAGGCCAUGAUUAUGGAACUGCUACAUUGUGUGGUCAAAACGGGUUCGAAUUUGCUCGAUGAAUCGCAGCUGUCCUCGUGGUUGGAUCUCAAUCCGGAGGACCAAAUGCGGGUGGCCACAUCUUUGUUAACUGGCCUGGAGUACAAUGCCUUCUUGCUGGCAGAUACAAUCAUCAGGGAACGCAGUGUGGUGCAAAAAGUCAAGAAUAUAUUGCUCUCUGUUCGAGUGCUGGAAACCAAGACCAUCCAGUCCAGCGUUGUCUUUCCGGACUCGGAUCAAUGGCCCUUGAGUUCCGAUCGCAUCGAACUGCCCCGAGCGGCUCUCAUUGAUAACAGUGAAGGUGGAUUGGUGCGAAUUGUAUUUGCUGCUUUCGAUCGUUUGGAAUCGAUUCUGAAACCCAGCUAUGACCACUUUGAUCUUAAGAGUUCCCGUAGUUAUGCAAUCCUGGCCAACGACAGUGAUGUUAAUGCGGGAGAGAUGCAGCAACGUCUGCGAAUCCUGAACAGCAAGGUGAUCUCCGCGAGCUUGGGCAAGGGGCGACACAUACAGCUCUCCCAACCCAUUACACUGACCCUGAAGCAUCUAAAAACCGAGAAUGUGACGAAUCCCACCUGCGUAUUCUGGAACUACAUUGACCAUGCCUGGUCUGCCAAUGGAUGCAGCUUGGAGUCCACGAAUCGCACGCACAGUGUUUGCAGUUGCAACCACCUGACCAACUUUGCCAUCCUAAUGGACGUGGUGGACGAGCACCAGCACUCGCUGUUCACCAUGUUCGACGGCAACAUGCGUGUCUUCAUCUACAUCAGCAUUGCCAUCUGCGUGGUGUUCAUUGUGAUUGCCCUGCUGACGCUGAAACUGUUCAAUGGGGUCUUUGUGAAGUCCGCCCGCACCUCGAUUUACACCAGCAUUUACCUUUGCCUGCUGGCCAUCGAGCUGCUCUUUCUACUGGGCAUUGAACAGACCGAAACAAGCAUUUUCUGCGGCUUCAUUACUAUUUUCCUCCACUGUGCUAUUCUAUCUGGCACCGCCUGGUUCUGCUACGAAGCCUUCCAUUCGUACUCCACCCUCACCUCGGAUGAGCUGCUGCUGGAGGUGGAUCAGACGCCCAAGGUGAAUUGCUACUACCUCUUGUCCUACGGAUUGUCGUUGAGCGUGGUGGCCAUCUCGCUGGUCAUUGAUCCCAGCACCUACACCCAGAAUGACUAUUGCGUUCUGAUGGAGGCUAAUGCCUUGUUUUAUGCCACCUUUGUUGCACCAGUGCUAAUAUUCUUUGUGGCUGCCAUUGGUUAUACAUUUCUGUCUUGGAUAAUUAUGUGCCGCAAGAGUCGCACGGGCUUGAAGACCAAGGAGCAUACGAGAUUGGCUAGCGUCCGAUUUGACAUACGCUGCUCCUUUGUGUUCCUCUUGCUGCUCAGUGCAGUUUGGUGUUCAGCCUACUUUUACUUGAGGGGAGCUAAAAACGACGAGGACACCGCUGAUAUUUAUGGCUACUGUUUCAUCUGCUUCAACACCUUGUUGGGACUGUAUAUCUUCGUGUUCCACUGCAUCCAGAACGAGAAGAUCCGGCGGGAGUACCGAAAGUAUGUUAGGCAGCACGCCUGGUUGCCCAAGUGCCUGCGCUGCUCGAAGACCUCGAUUUCCUCGGGCAUUGUGGCGGGUAAUGGACCCACUGCUGGAACCCUCUGCAGCGUUUCCACCUCCAAGAAGCCCAAGUUGCCGCUGGGAGUGAGCGAGGAGGCGCACGACGAUCCCCAGCAGCAGCAGCAGGCGGGAGUGCCGGUCACCGAGGACGCCAUAAUGGGAGCAAGCUCUGAUUGCGAACUCAAUGAGGCACAGCAACGGAGAACCCUGAAGAGCGGACUGAUGACGGGCACUUUACAGACGCCAUCGCAGUCGCUAGGCGGCCAUGUGGUGCUCGAAAGGGGCAGCACUCUCCGCUCCACCGGUCACGCCUCUCCAACCAGUUCAGCUGGAUCCACGCAUUUGAUCUUCGCCCACAAGCAACAACAGCAGCAGCAGCAACAACAGGGUCCCUUGGGCGAGUCCUACUACCAUCAGCCGGACUACUACAGCUGGAAACAGCCGCCGACAGGAGCAGGAGGACUGAAGGCCCAGCGGGAGUACUACAACAACGCUGGAGCAGCUGCCUCCUCGCCGCAGCAGGCGCACGAGGUGUUCUACUGGACCCAGAAACCGAACAGCGGGCAGCAUGGCAAGAAGAAGCGGGGCGCCGGAGGAGUUCCCGCCUCGCCGAGUGGAUCGCUGCACAGCCGCACCGCCGCCGCCUCCCAGGUGCUCUUCUAUCCCUCGUACAAGAAGACCAAGCCGGGUCAGCCGUCAUCGGGCUAUCCGCAGUACGCGGAGGCACUGGACCCACCGCAGCCAAGUGGCAAUGCGGCUGCCUACUACCAGCAGCAGCAGCAGUUGCGUCGCCAGCAGCAACACCACCAGCAGCAACAGCAGCAGCAGCAGCAACUCUCCUCCGACGAGGAGCAGGCCGAGCAGCACGCGCAUCUGCUGCACCUGCAACGCCGACCAGGCGGACAGCAGCAGCUCCCCGCUCCGCCGCCGCAUAUGGCGCAGUACCAGCAGGAGUUCAUGCAGCGCCAGUUUAGAAGUAAGCAUUCCAACUGUGAUCUGGGCAUGGGCGAUGCCUACUACAACCAGGGCAGCGUCGGCGGCGCUGAUGGCGGGCCGGUGUACGAGGAGAUCCUCAGCAACCGCAACUCGGAUGUGCAGCACUACGAGGUGGGCGACUUCGACGUGGACGAGGUCUACAACAACAGCGUCGGCACCGGCGUCUUCAACAACAUGCGAGCGGCAGUGGCCGCCGGCGGAAGUCGCUACGGCGGCGGCAGCCUCAGUGGCGGCAGCGUCUCGUCCAGGAGCCAGCAGCAGCAGCUCCAGAAGCAGCAGCAGCAACAGCAGUCGCUGGCCCAGCAGAGGUCCGCUCGACGCUGCACGGCUGACGACGAUGACGACGACGACGAGGACGAGGAGGAGGACGAGGAGGCGACGGCCGCGGAGCAGUUGCACGGCACCAUCUGUGAUGAGGACGACGAGGAGGACGAGAGCGACUUGGAGGACGACUCCCAUGGAUUGCCGCCCCAGAGCGAUGAGCGAAUGCGUCGCCUGAUGGCGAUGCAGGACGAGGACUUUAAGCGGCGGUUUCAACGCCAGCUGCGCAAGAAUGGAGCGCCCCUCGACUACGGGGCCUUGCCACCGGGAUCGGCGCCAGGAGCAGGUCCGCACCCCGAGCACAACGGUGCGGUUUUUGGGGUUAGCGGCGGCGUUGGUGAGGGCUCCCUGCGCGGCGCAUACCGGCAGCAGCAGCAGCAGCAACAGCAGCAGCAAGCACUGAAUGCCAAGUCGCCAGGCGGUCGUCUGGCGGUGAAUGAGCUAUUCGGUCACGGCAACGCCGGACCGCCGCUGCCGCCGGCCAAUCAGACGCCCGCGCAGAAGCGCCAGCAGCUACAGAAACUGUCACCACAGUCCACCACAUCAUCGUCGUCGCAUACAUCGCACAGCAACCCCAAUCCGCAUCCCCACCAGCUCGCCCAUCCGCAUCCGCAUCCCCAUCUGCAUCCGCCGCACCUCCAGCAGCGCCACCUGUCGGCGAUGCUGGACGAGAACAACACGGUGCGGUGCUAUCUGGAACCACUGGCCAAGUGAGCCGACCGAGCCACUCGCCCAGAAGAACAGUCUUAGGCAAAAAUUGUAGCUUAGGAUCUCUAGCUAUACCUAGUAUUAGUCGUUAGUCGAAAUAUGGAGCAUUGUGUGAAACAACAUGCUGUCAUGCUAUACGUGCAGUGAUUCGAGAAUCCCAAAACUUUAUGAGUGUAUAUGAAAUAAUUGAGAACCUAGACCGUAGGCACAUCCAUCCCAAUACGGCGUCGUGCAAGCUUAACCAAAAUUCAAGGGGGACGUGGGAUUGGGUCGGAUCCUGGUUCCUGGAUCCUUCGACUUGCAUGCAUUUUAUACCAACUUGGAAUCGAUAUUAAAUAUAAAUGUAUGUACCAUAUAUGUAUAAUGUAUUGUAAUACAUGUCACCACAUGCCAUUUUUAAAUACUUAAAUAAUUAUUUAAACAACCGGAAAAUCAAGUAUAUAUAUAUGGAUGUAUAUGUAUAAGAUCUGAGAACUGUAUGUACAUGAUCUAAAGAAUGCAGGCGAAUUAUGUUUUAUGUAUUUUGUAAGGAAUCAAUUGUUUUUGAUUUUCGCUGAUUAUGCUCGUAAGAUAUAUAUAUACACACACAGGCUUAAGAUUUGUUUCGUGUUUCAUAAACCAAAAAGAAAACCUACGUUCGAAAUUUUGUAAUUUUUUGCUAUCCAACUGCCGUUUACUACACACCUCUGAACCAAAUAUUCCUUCCAACUGCGAAACACUAGUGUAAAGAUUUCGAGGGAAUUACAAUGCCAUUUUGUUGUUGCAUUUCUUUUACGUUGUAAGCGAACCAGAGCGAAGCAUUUGAAGUGUACAUUUUCAUCAAUAUAGAUGCUUUAAGCACACGUAUAUAGGGCAUUUAUUUUGUAUUUUUUGAAGGGAGCUCGUAGAACGCUUUAUUAUUUAUACGAUAUAACGAGAGAUUAAAUAAAUCGAAUGCUAAUGCUA